AGAGUACAGAGGGUCAGCACAGAACAUGAAGAGACAGAGACAGACAGACAAAGACUAACGGACAAGUAUUUUUAUGAAUAACGCGGCUAAGCAACACAGUUCCAAGACUGUAUGGUAGGGACUGGGACAUGGUCUCUGAAAUGCAGGUAAACUCAUCCACCCCUUCAUUCAGCUGACAAAAUGGCGAUGACAGAUCUGUUGAAAGCUGAGGAGAUCAAGAAAGCUCUUGAUGCCUUUGCAGCAGAAACAUUCGACCCUAAAAAGUUCUUUGAAAUGGUUGGAAUGAAGGCCAUGUCAGCUGAAAACGUCAAGAAGGUCUUCCAGGUUCUGGAUGUGGACGGUAGCGGCUUCAUAGAGGAAGAAGAGCUCAAGUUUGUUCUGAAGGGCUUUUCCAAGGAGGGCAGAGACCUGACCGACGCUGAGACAAAAGCAUUCCUCACAGCCGCAGACAAAGAUGGAGACGGCAAGAUCGGCAUUGAUGAGUUUGAGACCUUGGUGCACGAGUAGGAGAUAGCUGAACACCCCCUUCUUCUUCCUCCUCCUCCUCUUCGUCCCUGCAUUCAUAUUUUGUAACUGCCACCUUCAAACUCCUCUCACCCUCCUCCGGACCCCACACAUGGAGUCAGACCAGGCCUGCUCUCUACACACCACUACAGAAGCAGGCCAACAGGGAGUUACCAUGAGGAGGAACAUACAGGCAUCAGUUUCUUUUUUCAUUUUUUAUAUAUUUAAUCACACAUGCUGAAUGGGUUUCAGAAUCAUUCUUAAUGAUUUCAUGAAGAUAGUUUGUGGUCUCAAAACAGGUGGUUCUAGUGCUGUAGAUGGUGUAGAUGUUAUAAAGACUUCUUAAACCUUAUUUUUCCUUUCUCUGUGUAUUUCAGGUUGUGCAUUUUGUCUGAUUGGUUUUACUUCUAGAUGUUCACAUAUCAGUGCACUUUCCUCCCACUCCUCUUCCUCAUCCACCUUCCUUCACCUCACCUCCUCUCCUCUAUCUCCUCCUCCUCCUCCUCACUCCCUGCCUCCGAUCUGAUGAUGUAGUAAAUAAAAUGAUAUAUAAGGAGAGCUAUGAAGAGAGAAACGAUCUGAGUAAGAAAUGAUAAUAAAAAAAACUUGAGUAAUAA